UAUCUGUGGUCAUGAGAGCUUUGGAUGAAUACUAGCGUUAAGUUUGACCUGUAGUUAUUUAUGUCUUGUGGCGAGAGGAGGUGAUAGUUAACAGAAACCAAACGUUUGUGCGGUAAUGAUAGUAGUAUGCCAUUUUCCCGAUGUUUUUAGUUGAUAAUUAUCUUUGUAUUGUUUUGUUAUAAAAUCAGCUGAUAUUUAUUCGACGUGUUAAGUGAUGUUUUAUGUUUGUCGACGUCCCGAAAUUUUGUGGUUUGACGUGUGAAACUAAUUCGUAGACAGAAAUGGCGAAGGAAGAGAUAGACGAUCUUCUUCCUGACAAAGAUGCUGCCAAAGGUUUUUACGCGAAAUACGAACCAAAAGAAAUUCUUGGAAAAGGCAUCAGUUCUACAGUCAGAAGAUGCAUAGAAAAGGAAACUGGCAUUGAAUAUGCGGCGAAAAUAAUCGACCUUAGCAGUGAUUCGCAUGAUGGAGCAGAUGGAAAAACUAUGCUGGAAGCUACAUUGGAAGAAAUACACAUUUUAAGAAUGGUUUCUGGACAUCCAUAUAUCAUUGAGCUGCACGAUGUUUUUGAAUCCAGCACCUUCAUUUUUUUGGUGUUCGAACUGUGUAAGAAUGGUGAACUAUUCGAUUACCUUACUUCAGUGGUGGCACUCUCAGAGAAGAAGACAAGUUUUAGAACAUCGAAUGGGAGGUCAUCACUUCCUGGAGCAGUCCUUUUUUUCAUAUUGUGUAUUGCACAUUUGACUUCUGAUGAGAAUAUUUCUGGAAUUUGGGCAGCAGAAACAUCCAAUUCAUCAAGGAUCAAGGUAUCAUCAUUGAUUUUACUGUAUAGGUAUAUUAUGCGGCAAUUAUUUGAAGCUUUGCAGUAUGUACAUGGUAAAAAUAUAGUUCACAGAGAUUUGAAGCCAGAAAACAUUUUACUGGAUGACAACUUUAAUAUUAAAUUGACAGACUUUGGUUUUGCAAGGGUUGUAAAACCAGGUGAAAAGUUAUUUGAUAUAUGUGGAACACCUGGCUACUUGGCUCCCGAGCUGCUGAACUCGGCUAUGUAUCCCGACGCUGAUGGCUAUGGACAGGCUGUCGACAUCUGGGCAUGUGGUGUCAUCAUGUUUACACUGUUAGUUGGCUGCCCGCCAUUCUGGCAUCGGAAACAGAUGGUAAUGCUCCGCAAAAUUAUGGAAGGGGACUUUUCUUUCACGUCUCCAGAAUGGGCUGAUAUAACAGAGCCGCCAAAGGAUUUAAUACGGAAACUGCUUGUAGUUGAUCCAAAUGAAAGAAUCAGUAUUAAAGAAGCCCUCAACCAUCCCUUCUUCCAAAUUAUGUUUUGGGACCAAGAUAACUCUGUGAAAGGUGGGACUUCCAGGAGAUUUAGUCGAAUAUGUCAGAUCACACUGGAACAUAAAGAACAGAAAUUUGAUGCCCGCAAGAUGUUCAAAUUUGGAAUCCUCUGUGUUCGAGCCAUUGUACGAAUUCAACGACUUCGCUUUACACCCGAGCCGUUAUCAAUGGAAGUAGCAAGAGUUGACCCGUACAGGAUAAAAGUACUUCGCAAGGUGAUCGAUGCAUGUGCCUUCAGAGUAUACGGCCAUUGGGUGAAGAAAGGUGAAGGUCAGAACAGGGCUGCCUUGUUUGAGAAUAUGCCAAAGGUAGAACUGAAACAGAUAUAUGUGAACAACCUUAGUCGGUAAUGGAAUCCUUCCUUAGAAUUAUUAAAUUAAUGACAAAUUCAUAUUGUGAGGAGGAAUUGUAGGAAGGUAGGUAGGGCACUGUUAGAAUGAAAAUAAAAUGUUUUGUAAGUAAAACAUGAGAUCUUAAAACCUACAAUAAGUUCUACCAUGGACUGUUCUAUCAUUGUUACAAUUUUGUACUAAGGUGUUCAGCUGUACAGAUUUUAAGUAAUUCUAAUCUGAAGUCAGAAUAAUGUCUUCCUAUCUUACACUGUGUGUCAAUGUUUAGCAUGCAUAAAUAUUUGUACUGAAAGAUGACUGCCCAUGAAAUAUUUGACUUUCUUUUAACAAAUGCAGUUGCCCACCAGUAAAACAAUUGUUCUUGGUGAAACGUGCUUAGAUAAAAAGAAAAGAAAUUGUGCUUUCCUUUUGCUGAUGAAUCUGUAUGUUCAGUACAUUGGGUCAGUCUGUCUAAUGAAGGUAGAUUAUUCAGCUUAAAACAAAUGGAAAAAGAAAAUAUUUGGCAUAGAAGAGGAGCUUCUACUUAUAAGUUGAUAAAUGUAAGGAGCAAGGAAAUCAGUCCAAAUUAUAAACCAUGUUACGUACUUGUAUAUAAUAUCUACUCUCACGUUUCAUAUCCCUUUUCCACUUGAAUGAGGUUGCAUUAAAACACAGAAGGUGUAGAUUUAACCAUGUUUUAUUUGUUUCUUUCUGCCCAUUUUUUGUAUUUCAACAGUUGUACAGCUGGUAAGUAGAACCACCUCUUUUGUAAUUAUACCUUAUGCAACACAAACAUAUCUUAAAUAUGUAUCAAAAGUACUCAUUUGUUACACUUUAUAUAUGAUUAAUUUACUGAAGGCUUCGUGGUUAAUUUCAUGCCCACAGUGGCCUAACAAAAGACAGGAGGCAGCUGUUAUUCUCAUAGCUUGUGGCAUUUUCUGUGUAAUUUUAUUGAUAAGUGUUUGUUAUAGAAUGUAUGAAGUCCCUACACACACGAAUAGUGAAGUAGGUUGAAUCAUCCGUUUAUAUUGGUAUCAAGUCAGUGCAGUGCUCUGACUUUAUUUACACAUAUUGGAGAAACAAAUUUAGGAUGAAAAUUAAAUACGUCUCACUUGUAGAGUCAGGCAUUCCACAGUGUGUUCAUAAAUCAACAAUUCCGUAGUAUGAGACGAUAAAGCUCAGUGCAGUUGUCAUGUGUUGCUGUGAAGUAGUUUGAUGCCUUGUCUGGUAAUCAGUUUAGCCUAAAUUUUUAUUUGUUUCAGUAAAUUACUUUUGUGGUGUGUUGUUGCAGUAUUCAUUUGGAAGAAAUUAUAUGCUCGAUAAUAAAAUUUUCUAUUGUGACAGACGACAGUGGGGCAUAAUUGAUGUAAAUUUGGUUGUAUAGCUACAUAAUUAUCUUUGUUUUCAUAAAUGCGAGCAGCCAAUGUAUCCAUGAACUUGUCACUUUGUCAUUAAAAAUAUUUAUGCACAGUA